AUGGACAAAGAGUCGGAGUACUCGCACACUGGUUGUGCUGGUGACUUCAAAGGUAAGUACUAUAUCAAGACCGAGCACUAUGACGAAUUCAUGGCACUGUACAACGCGGCACUCAAGAAGAAGAUCCACCUGUCGCUAACUGAAAAGCACAAGGAUCAGUCCCCAAUCUUUAUCGAUUUCGAUUUCAAGCAAGACUCGAGUGAUCGUAUUUACACAGCCGCUCAUAUCAAGGGACUCUAUGACGCCGUCAUCAAGGAAGCCUCUAAUUACGUCUGGUUUGACGAGGAUGCCUUGGAGUGUUUCGUGCUCGAAAAGGCUGCCCCGAGGCCUGACAAGAACCACCCGUAUAAAGACGGUUUCCACCUGCACUUCCCCGACCUCGUCACGUGCCAUUGUGUCCAGCACAUGAUCCGUACGAGACUGUUGGAAUCUGGUACCAUCUCCGGAAUUUUCGCUGACGUGAAGUUCCGCAACAGUUUCGAGGACGUGUACGACUCGGCGGUUAUCGAUAAGAACCCGCUGCUCUUGUACGGCAGUACUAAAGAUGGUACAGGUCCUGCGUACACUUGCACGUACAAGUUGUGGGGCGAAGAGGGUGAACAAGAAGAAUGUGAAGACUCACUAGCUGAUCUGACUGAGCGCCUUUCGAUUCGAAACAAAGAUGUCGCCCUACCUGUACUAGAGGAGAAAAAGGCGGAAGUUGCCGAAUUUGUCGAGAAAAGAAAGGCUAAGGCCGAGGCCGCACCAACCAAGGUUGUACAACCUAAGUGCAACAUAGUACUUCUUGGUGAGGUGGAGCAGUUGAUUGCUAUGCUAUCCCCAGCCAGGGCGGACAACCGGAGCGACUGGAUUGCACUCGGUUCAAGCCUGCACAGUGUCGACGAGGGUCUGCUGCCAGUCUGGGAUACAUUCAGCCAACUAUCUUCGAAGUACCAGGCCGGCGAAUGUGAGAAGCUGUGGUACGACUUCAAACCGGGCAAUACCAUUCGCAGUCUGCACUACUGGGCUAAACUAGACAACCCUGGGCUGUACAAGAAGUACAACGAGACCAGUAUGCAGACGGCUCUCUUGACGUCAUUGUCUGGCAGUCAUUAUGACGUGGCACAGGUCGUAUACUCCAUGUUCAAGUUUGACUACGUCAGCACCAAGGACCAGAAGAACAACCCGACUUGGUACAAGUUUAGCGGGCACAGGUGGGAAGAGUGUGUUGGCGGGGUGGAUUUGCGUAACAAGCUUUCAACCGACGUGUACAAGGCGUUUGUCACUAUGUCCAAGGAGUGCAGCAAAAAGGCGCAGGCUGACGUAGAAGACUCGGAUGAUGACGAAGAAAAGGACGACAGCAGCCUGAGCACACUCUAUCGGAAGAUCGGACGGCGUCUGAAGAACAACACAUUUAAGGGUGCGAUCAUGAAGGAGUGCGCGGACAUCUUCUAUAUGUCCGACAAGGAGUUUACAAGCAAGUUGGACGAAUCGCCGCACCUUUUAGGGUUUGAGAACGGGGUUUACGAUCUUGAUGCAAUGGAAUUCAGGGCUGGUAGGCCCAGCGACUUCUUAACCCUCAGUACUGGCAGUAACUAUACCCCUCAAGUUAACCUAAAAGUUCGGACGAUGCUUCUUGACCUGCUGAAGGAUAUCUACGGUACGGACGAGAUGAUCAAGUACAUGCUUCAAUUUGGUGCGUACACGUUGCACGGAUCGAAGACUGAGGAGAUCAUCCACUUCUGGGUCGGGAAGGGAGGAAACGGCAAGGGUAUUAUGCUAUACCUCUUCAUGAAGGCCCUCGGGGACUAUUGCUACUGCCCCGAUGUGAGCAUUUUUACAGGCUCCAAGAAGAGCAGUAGUGCGGCCAACAGUGAGAUUGCCAAGGGUCAGGGGAAAAGGCUCUGGGCGAUGACCGAGCCAGCCCCUGGGGACAAGUUCAACACCUCCGAGCUCAAGAAAAAGUCUGGCCGAGACCCUAUCCAAGCCAGGCACUUAUACAAGCAGUUCUUCGAAUAUUUGGCUCAAUUUGUCCUUGUUUUCCAGAUGAAUAAUAAAUCGGCACUCGACAGUUAUGACGAGGGUAUGGUUGGAAGGCUCAGACUGAUUGAGCACAAAUAUCAGUUUGUUGCUAACCCGACCAAACCUAACGAGCGCCAUGGCGACGAAAAUCUAAAAAAUAAGAUCUCCGACGACGAGGCGAUCCGCGAGGAAUUUAUGCGGAUGCUUAUCGAGGCACAUGUCGAAAUUAAAAUCAAGGGGAAGGCCAAAACGCCUAAGGCAGUCACCGAGUACACCAAAUCUUAUAUGGAUUCGAACAACGUGGUUGCGUGGGAAGGGUGGGAAGGGUGA